GAAUAAUAGCUACACGCUUUGCAGUAGCGCUGCACGUUGUACACAAAGUGACCGCACUCGAAGUCUUGCAUGCUGGUUCGAGCGCGGUCUGCCUAGACGCGUCAGCGCGUAAUAGUCGGAAGCAGCCCCGUAUGGUGUGGCACGAGUCUUGUGGCGCUGAGCGCCUGUAAACAGCACCAGCCGAGGACAUGCCCACGGACGUGCCGCUGGACACCAUCCUAGAUGGCUCUGGCGUCAAGUACUACUCUAAGCGCACGCGGAAGCUUACUUCUCUAGAGAAGAAGCUCGAGACUGCACGCGAGGAGUUCCAGGCGGCACGCAAAGCGGCGGGGCACCCCGAGCCGCCCAAGAUCAAGCCGGGCUAUGGCAGCGCGCCGCCCGGCUCCACCAAAUCUGCAGGGGCCGGCGCCAACGGCGGCGUGAGUACCACCGCUGUGCGCAUGGAGCUCCGCCGCCGGGCAUACGAGGCCGGCUCAGCCCUCGCCGCAGGCGAGCCCUACAUCCCGCCCGCCAACACUGCCGCCGCCGCGCUAGCGGCGGCGGCCGCCGCAUCGGCCACGGCUCCGCCGUCGCCGAACGGCCGCGCGUGCAGCCCGGGCGCGGCGCGGCCAGCAACGGCCGCCGCCGCGCUAGCGGGCGGCGCGCAGCGCCGCAGCGGUGGCGAUGAGGGCAGCGGUUCCGGCUUCAUCCGCUUCCAGCAGUCCAGCCUGUCGCUGACGGAGCCGCGUGGCCCGGUGGUUGUGGCCAAGCCGUACCACACCGAGGCGCGCACCUUCUUCAACCUGAGCCUGCUGCCCACCAGUGUGGCCAACCUGCAGGCCGACAGCGGCCACUACUACAGCCCCGCGGGCAGCGGCGGGGGCGGCGGCAGUCGCGGGUUUGGUGCGGGUCUGCGGGACGGCAUGAUCAGGUACUUCCAGCCCAACCUGGCGAUGGACGCGGAGGAGCGCAAGCGCCAGGCGGAGGCGGACAUGGCAGCGCGGCUGGCUAGGGCGCAGGACCAACUGACGGCGCACAUCGAGUCCGUGGUGGCCAAGUGGGGCCCGGACUUCCUGGACCGACUCAUCGCGGCGGCCUCGGCGGCCGCGCCCACCACACUCCGCGGCGCCGGCGCAGCCGCAGCGCCGCACCAGCUGCGUCUCACGGUCGGCAGCAGUAACGGCGCCGCGCCCGGCUCCCUGGCCGCCGCCGCGGCAGACGACAACCACAUGUACGCCCUGCGCAACGCCAUGGCCGCCGCCCAGGCGGACCGCCGCCGCUUCGCCGCCCCCGCCUCCACCGACAACUCUGGCGCCGCCGACACGGUGCGCAGCACCGGCAGCGCUGGCGGAGGCGGAGGCGGGGGCGGCAUGGGCAUAGGCAUGGGCACGAGCGGCAGUGGCUUCGGGCCGGUAGCGCCAACACGGCGCGGCGCAGGCCGGGCUGCGGUGGCGACUGACGCGGCAGCCGCGGCGGCCGGUGUGCCGCUGUUUUACUCGGCCUCAGCGGGCGGCAACAGCGCGGCCAUGCAGCGGAUGGCCUUCCUGUCUGAGAAGCUGGGGGUGCCGCUGGAGUCUCUGGUGCGGCUGCUGCGGGAUGUGGACAAGAGCUCGCUCGGCGGACCUGGCAGCCCGGGGCGGGGGCACCGAUACGGGCAGGGGCAGGCGACGGAGGGCGGCGGGCAGGGGCAAGUGCGGGGCGUGGCGGGAGCGCAUCAGGACCACCGGCUGGAGAUCCUGCCGUCUCGCAUCCAGAAGGUCCACGUGGCGGACCUGCCCAACGGUCAACUGCCAGAUCUGGAGACUCUGGAGCGCGAGGCGGCGGCGCAGGCAGCGGCGGUGCUGGAGGCGGCGGCGGCGGACGCGGCGGCGCGGUAUGGCGUCAGCCCGCGGGAGCUUGAGCUGGGCAGCGGCGACGGCACGGAGGACGAGCGCGCGAGGACCGACUUUGAGCUGGGGACAGAAACGCUGACGGAGACGGAGGCCGGGACCACGGCAGCGGUGACGGCGGAGGCGUCGGCCGCUGACGUCGGGGACGACGCGGCGGGUGCGGAGAUGCUGCUGGGGGACGCAGCAGGCGGAGUGUCGCGCUCAUCACAGCCCGGGGAGGGCAGCCAGGCGCCGUCCCGGCGCGCAUCUCAAGGCAUGGUAGAGCUCCCAGGGGCCGGCCUCCACUCCGCAAUCACAGCGGCAGCGACGCAGCCAGCCGUGCUUGCGGCAUCAGGGCAGCUUCCAGGCAGCACCGGCGACAGCGCAGCCGCCUCCACGGCGUCGCCAGCUGCAAGCACGGCGGCCGCCGCGGCAGCAGCCUACAAGCCCGGCAGCCGCAUGGCCGCCCACGCCCACUCGGGCUCCGCGACCUCCACAGCAACCGCUUCUGCCGCCGCCACGGCGGCCGCACAGGCGGCUGGCCUGCUCCGUCAGGGCGGCCUCAUCUCCCGCCGCGCGGCCCGCCACAUGGCCACCACGUCCGAGCUCACCACCAGCACUGCAGCCAACGCGAGGUCGUAUCACGCAGCUGACGCCAUCGGCGGAGCCGGCGCCUCCGGCGCCGAAGGCGCGGCCGACGGCGGCCGCGUCUCCGCCGCGGGCUCCGGGAGCUAUUUCGACGCGCCCACUUCAGCGGGCACGCCACGCGGCACCGCCUGCGGCGCGCUGCCCGGUGUGGGUGCGGGCGGCAACAUGGUGCUGGCGGCCACAGGGGCGCUGGCGCUCACCUCGCCAGCCGGCAACGCCGCCGCCGCCGCGGCGGCAGCGCCGCCCGACUUCCCCACCUACCACCACCGCAGUGGGCUGAGCUUUGUGGCGCUGGCGCGGCCCGGCUCCUGCAUGCCGCACGGCCCCACACUGGACGAGCUACAGCCGGUGGACCCAGCAAAGGUGGCGGCGGAGGCCAGGUCACGUGCCAUGCUGGAGACGCUGUCGCAUCGACACGUGGCCGACGCGGCGGCGGCGCGCCGCGCAGCCGCCGCCACCAAGGCCGGUGGCGGCGGCACCUCUUCCGGCGGCAGCACCUCGCGCGACAGCUCCGCGGCGCACCAGCGCGCUGGCGACCAGGGCGUAGCCCACCACGGCUCCGGACACGGCCACAGCCACGGUCACGGGCAUCUGGGUCGGAAGAAGAAGGGCCCGGUGAUCAUGGAGAUGGGCCCUGACGGCAACCUGCACGUGGCCAAGCCGCGCGGGGCGUCGCCGGCGCAGCCGCACCCGGCUUCCGCAGGGACAGCAGCAGGGGCGGGAGCAGGGGUGCAGACCAUGAUCAGUGAGGGCCACGAGCGCCGCCGGCACGAAAAGGGCGGCAGGCAGCGGCGGCGGUCUUCGGCGGCCGGCGAUGGCAAGGACACGGACGGGCAGGUGGCGGCCGGGGGAGGCGGCAUCAGUGAAACCUAUGCCGGGGAGCUUUGGGUUGGCGUGGACGACGAGGAGGAGGUGCAGGUGGCUCAGGUGCAGGAGCAGAGCCACGGGGCGGGCAGGCGCAAGCGGCGGUCUUCGAGCGCGGGGCCAGGGCGGCCGGUGUCACCGGGCCGCACCGCAAGGAGCUCAGGCACUGGCGGGCUGCCGCUGCGCUCGCCGAUUCAGCACGCAGGCCGGCCGGGCUCACCGCCGUCUGGCCCGCAUGCCGCCUCCGCCACCGGCACUCCUGCAACCACCGCGCACGGGCAAGGGCACGAACACACACAGGGACCAGCACACGCGGGCCGCAGCAGGCACGGCACGGAGAGUGGCUCACACCCGCGCACGUCGGGGUCUGGGCACGUCUCUCGCGGCAUCGUCACCGGCUUACGGCGGCUGAGCGAAGUGGCCGAGGAGGUGGGGCUGCGGCUGGGCACGCCCGGUACCGCUGGCAGCGUCGGCGGCGGCGCCAGCCGGCCCGGUAGCCUCGGCGGCGGAGGCGCCGCCGGCCUGAAGAGCAUGCUGAUCGGCGCCGGCGGCGCCCGAAGUGACACUGCCGUGGACCUCCUCGACUCAGAUGAUGAUGAGGUGGAGGCGGAGGCCCAGUACGACAGCAGGGCAGCGGCGGCGGCGCGGCUGGACGCACAGGCACUGGUAGCGGGCGGCUGGCUGGGUGCCGCGCAGGCGACGGAGGAUGGCUAUGCCGAGGCAGAGGCGGAGGCGGAGGCGGCGGCAGCGGCGGCCGUGGGCGGCCCCAUCACCAUCACACUGGGCCCGCUGCCUGUGUGGGACUGCGAGGUCGGCGAUACCACCGCAAGGGCUGGCGCCAUGGCGCCCGCCUCUGCCGGUAGCCGAGCCCUGGCUCUCGGCAGCAGGCCCGCCCCCGCAACGAUGCACGGUCGUGGCUUCAGUGGCCCAGGCGCGGCCUCACAGCCGCAUGCGCCGCCAGGCGAGGCCGAGGGAGCCGACGCCACGGGGGCGCCGGGCGGCCUUCGCGGCCUGAGCCGGCACUACAAGGUGGCGGCGGAGGUGGGGCGCUGGAACCCGGCGGCGCCAGGCGCGCUGCGGCCCGGCUACGGCACGCAUGCGGAUUACACUGCGGGCACCUACAACCCCGAGCUGAUGGACCGGGUGUAUGAGGCGCGGCAGCAGGCGGCGCUCACUGGCGGCGCCGUGCGCGUCGACUACACCUCCCCUGUGCACCAGCAACAGCCCGGCAGCGCCGCCGCCGCCGGCACCGGGGCCUGGAGCCCCCUGGCCGGGGGCGCGGGCGCGGGCGCAGGCGUCAGCUCUGACAGCGCCCGCCGUGCUGGCUCUAGCACCAGUGCGCCACCGGGCAGGACGCGCGGAGCCUCCCGUGGCAGCACCGGCGCUGACUCAGAGGCGCCGGCGUCGCCGUCGGGGCUGAUGGCAUCGCUGGAGCUUCCGGGCGCGGCGGAGCGUGCGGCGGCCGCUGCUGCCGAGGCCGCCGCCGGCAUCUCCUCCAUCCUCAACCCUGUAUCUCGAGCCAUCACGGAUGCAGCCGUGGCGGCCGUGGCGGCGCGGCGCGAGCCGCCCGCGGCAGUGGCGGCGCUGUCGGUUUUGGGCUUUGCGGCCGAGCCGCUGGCGUCGCCUGCGGGCGCCGCCCGGAGCAGUGGGAGACAGGGUUUGCCGCAGCUGGGCGGCGGCGCUGCUGUUGCGCCACUGCCCGCCAGCGGUGUCUCGCCCGCCGCCAUAUCCAAGUACCUCUUCGCCGUGCGCACCACCAACCGCUUCGGCGCCGCUGACGCAGCCGCCGCGGCCGCGGCCGCCGCGGCGGCAGCUGCCUCGCCCACUGCGGUAGCCGCCGCCGCCGCGGCCGCGGCCGCGGCGGAGGCGUCGCCUGGCGACUUGCCUGUGGAGGGUCGCACGCUGCGGCCCUCGCAGUCGGUGUGGGGGCGUGAGGACCUGGACGAGCAGGACAUCCUGGCGCCGCUCGCCAGACACCUGGCGGCCACUGGCGGCGGCGCGGUGGGCAGCAGCCUUGGCGCCGGCGCCGGCGGCGCCGGCGGCAGCCCCGUUUGGGCCGCAGGCCGCGGCGCUGGCAGGGGACCGUUGGUCAUUCAGGCCAGUGGUGGAGGUGGCUCGGCGCCGAAUUCGCCGGCGCCCGGCACCGUGCGCCGCGCCGCGACGGCGCCGGCGGGCGCGCAGCGCCCGCCGUCCGCCGCCGCAGGCGGCGAGCCUCGUCUGUGGCGCGGCGACCCGCUCGCGCUCAAGGCCGCCUUCCCUGGCAGCGAGAAGGUGUACCGGCUGGUGACGGACGUGACAGCCAAUGCGCGGCUGCUGCGGGAGGCGGAGCGGGCCAUCACGCCGCUGGAGUUCAGGAACAGGUCGCGGCGCGGCGUCAUACUGUGAGGGGCGGUGCCGGGCUGCAGGGCUGCGGGACCACGUGGUGGCGGCGCUCGCGAGGAUGUGACUGUGGGUCCGUGGCGGCUGCGUCGCGGCUGCGGCAGCUUUGGGGAUGCAAGGGAGGCGUGCUUUUAAGUGUCAGGAUGUGAUGGAGUGGGAAUGCGGGCGGUGGUGCGCACACUUAUUAGUGAUCACGUGCAGGGGGAGCAAUUAGGGAGCUGCGUGCUGCAUUGCGUUGCAAUCAAUGCUGUACUCAAGGUGAUGCAUGUUUGACGUGUGCAUUGCAUUGAACCCUGAGCCGUCAUACGAGCUUAUUGGUUGGGGCGGCUGGCCGCUGCCAUCCAAUAAGAGGCGCUGAGCACACAGGUGCCCUCGGUAGGCCGGACGCAGUCCGCUGGCGAGGGUGGGCUGAAAUGAGGCAUCGAUACCGCCUUCCUGAACGUGCCAGAGUGUCAGAUGCCUUG